AUGUCCGACUUUGGAGACCCCGAUGACAUGCUUCUCGCCCUCGCGGGCGGGGGCGAUGGAUCCUCUGAUGAGGCAUCCAAUGCCGGCAGCCGUGGUCGCAGCCGCAGCCGCAGUCGCAGUCGGGGCCGCAGUCAGUCUCGCAGCCAGAGCCGAAGUCGUGGUCCUGAACGAUCACCGAGCGCCCAGCCCGCGGAGCGCUCGUCUCCAAGGAGCCCUGCGACAAAGAAGACUCCCGCGAAGAGGUCUCAAGGGCGCAACAAAGCUGAGUCCGAAGAUGAGGGUGAAGCCUCCGAUCCCGGUACUCCUCGCUCGCAGUCGUCAGUGCCCAUGGACGAAUCCGACUCGGACGCGGAGUCCGAUGCGCACCAGGGCAAGGAGCCGGACGAAGGCGAGAACAAAUACCCGGUCGAGGGACUGUACAAGAGCUACGAGGAGAAGGAAGAGAUCAUGGCCAUGCGAGAAAUCGAGCGAGAGAGGAUCCUUGAGGAGAGGCAUGCGGAGAGGAACCGGGCCAAAACCCUGGCAACGUUGAGGCAGAUGGUCCAGAACACAGAGGGAGAAAAGCACAAGAAGCGCAAGGCUGGCGCUGCCGAGCUUGAGGACGGUGACCAUAAGUCGUCCCGACCUCGCACCACGACAAAGACCACGAAAGCGGCGCCUACAGCUCUCGAUAACCUCAAGCGCGCGCGAGCGGAGAAGCAGGAUCGCCGUCGCAAAGACGAAGAGCGACGCCGAGACCGCCGAUCGCCUUCUUACCGAAGCGGUUCGAGCCGUAGCCGCAGCCGCCACUCCGACGAUAGUGACGUGGAGUGGGCUGGGCCGUCCAAGAAGAGGUCAAAGACACCAGAGAGAGCCCUGCCUGCCGAGCUCCGAGACAUCGAGAGAUGUCGCCUUAGUCGCACGCGCUUCGCCAAGCUCAACUUCUGGCCAGGUUUCGACGAGACUGUGAGGGGCUGCUACAUACGAAUCCACAUUGGUCCAGAUCCUACCACGAGAGCGCCCGUGUAUCGGAUGGCUGUCAUCAAAGGCGUCACCACCGGCCGGCCAUAUGCAGUUGAGAACGAGCAGCACAAGACCAUUGUCACAGAUCAGUACGUGGUCGCCGCGCAUGGCAAGGCUGAGAAGGAAUGGCCCUAUAUUGCUUGCUCCGAGAGCCCCUUCACUGAGGCCGAAUGGAACCGCUAUCAAAUCGUGUGCGGAAAAGACGGCAUCAACUUGCCCAAGAAGCCAGAGCUGACACAAAAGGUCGACGAUAUCAAUAAAUACCUCAACCGCAGCUGGACCGAUGAGGAGCUGUCAGAGAAGCUCCACCGCCAGAACACGCUGCGGGACAAGUUCAGCGGCGCCGAGCGGGCGAGACUGGAGCAGGACGCCGCCGAGGCCCGCCGCCAUGGCAACACUACGCUCGCGGACGAGCUGCAGGAGAGGCUGGACAACAUGCCGGCGCCCCGUCUCGCCUUUUCGACCUCGCUGAAGAAGGCCACCCCGGUCAAGCCCAGCGGGCCGUCGCAGCAGGACCGCCUGGCCGAGAAGAACCGGCUCAACCGGCAGCUCAACGCGAAGCAGGUGCGCGAGGCGCAGAUAGCGGAGCGGCGCAAGGCGCGGGAGGCGCUCGCGGACAAGGGGGGCGUCGGCUCGGACGCAGACGUCGGGGACCCGUCGUCGCGCCGCGCCAACAUCAAGAGGAAGUUCCCGGUCAGGACGCAGGACGGCGGCGACUCGGCUGCCGGCAGCGGGGCCAGCACCCCGGCCAACGGUACCCCCAAGCUCGGCGCGGAGAGCGCCUUGCCGCCGCACGUGGCGAAGCUGCGGGAGCAGCAGGAGGCCGCCGCGAACGGCAAGGGCGGCGUGCCCAAGAUCCACCGGGCGCUGACGGAUGACGAUAUCAUCGGCUCCCUGGACCUGGAUAUUGACGUUGAGAUCUGA